GCUAUGGCUGAUCCCACUAUGGAUUGGAUUUUAUCAACUGGGAAAAAUGUUGGUAAAGUAUUAUCAGCAUAUCAAGAGAAAAUUUCUCUUAAUAAGACCCCUGCUUAUUUCGGAAUUUUGGAUCUUUCUGGAAAAGAUGUUGAA